GCACACCCCCUCAGGACCUGAUGAAGCGCAUUCUAGCGUGAUAAGGACCGUUGCCCCAGGUUCCCCCAAAGCACCCGUCCACCCUCCCUAUCCUCUUACCGCACACCCCGAUUUGAAGUAAUAAAGGAAUGAAGUGAUCUUUAACAUGGGUGUCCUGUACACUACUCCCAUCAUCCGAGACCAAGGCAACAUCUACAAGCCCAACAACAAGGUCAUGGCGGAUGACACUGUCAACGAGAACGAUGUCCUCACCAAGGAGAUCAACCUGGUGAACAGAGACCCCAAGCACCUGAACGACGAAGUGGUGAAGAUUGACUUUGUAGACGUGAUCGCUGAACCCGAAGGAACACACAGUUUUGAUGGCAUCUGGAAAGCAAGCUUCACCACCUUCACUGUGACAAAAUACUGGUUCUACCGCUUGCUGUCUGCGAUCUUUGGCAUUCCAUUGUCACUAAUCUGGGGCAUUUACUUUGCCAUUCUGUCGUUCCUGCAUAUCUGGGCUGUUGUGCCAUGCAUAAAGGGCUACCUGAUCGAGAUUCAAUGCAUCAGCCGGAUCUACUCCAUCUGCAUCCACACGUUCUGUGACCCAUUGUUUGAAGCCAUGGGCAAGAUAUUCAGCUUUGUUCAAAUUUCUCUACGCAAAGAAGUAUAAAUGACACUCAAUAAAGUGCCUAUAGUCAGAAUUUAUGUGUGAGUUUUAAAAUCAGCAACAUUUUAUGAGCACUGACAUAAGAUCAAAAAGUCACUAAAGUGUGUGCCCUGGGGCAAGUUGUUAUCCUCAUAGAAGAUUUUUGUCUAAAGAAGCUGUUAUCAGCCAUAUGAGUCAUUUUGCCGGCUCAAUGUGAUAUACUUUUUCUUUUCUUUUAUACUUAUAUAUUAUGACAUGCUUGCAUGUUACAGUCAGAAUGAUGUUACAAAAGAGUUGGUUUAAUGGUAAAUGUAAUGUUUGGUGAAAACAUUCUGCAGUCUAAAUAAGUGACAAAUGAAGAAAUACCGAAAAGGCAACAAAUGUAAAUAACUAUAUUUUGUUACGCAAUUCUGUAUACUGUUUUAGAGAGGGCUCUUUCAUGAUUUCUGUCCCACGUUUUGAGUUGUUUCUAGUUAUCAUGAUCUGCUAUACCUUGGUCAAGGCUCUAAUAUUACAUGGAAUUGUCUUACAAGGUUACGGAUAACUUUUUUUUCAGCAUAACCAAAGAAUCAUAAGCUAAAGUGUUUAAGUGAAUACUUAACAGCUAUGGGAAAAUAAUCCAGAUAAAUACACAUUCUAUCUUUAACAUACUUUAUAUGAUAAGGUCACUAUUAGUUAUUGGCUGUAUCCUUUACAAUAAAUAUGACACUGGCUUCAGUCAUCUAUUAUGUCAAUUGUUAAUGUACAGGAAAGAAAUGUAUCAAAAUGUUAACUCUUUUCUGCCAAUCCAACUACUGCCUGAACAGUCCUUCGCUGAGAUGUCUUCUGCAGAUAUUCUGUAAUUUGCAUUGCGAGAUUCUGUGCCAUUUAUAAAAAUUGUAUAUUUUGCUAGGACCAUCACACACUGUAAAAUCUAACCUAAGAAAUGAUUUCACGGUGCAGAAUAUUUAUGAAAAUUUGAAAGCCUGUCUUUUGGUAUCAUAGGAUAACACUAACCAACAUUUACCAUCUACUUUUCUUGACAUGUGAACACUAUAGUGGACCCUUCUGAUUUGUUAUUGCAGAUAUUUGCUUUUAUUCACUCUUGCAUUCAACACAGUUACAUGUUCUGCUAUUUUAACAAGUAUUUUGGAAUAUAAAGUGAAAUAAAUAUAUAAUACAAUGUACAUAAAACAAAUCUUGGUCAUGUUAUAUUUGCAAUGAAGUUUAAGUGUUGCCUUUACUAAUACACGUGCACAGAAAUAUUUGUGCCUUCUCUGUCUACUGAAAAGUCACUAUUAGUUUUGUACUACUCUUAUACUAUACAUUCUACAAAUACAGGAAAUAAAGUGCCUUUUUAUAAUGCCUAUGAUAUAUGCUGCUUCCAUUUUAGAUGGCUGUCUAUCCAUUUAUCUCAUUGGUUAUACAGUUCAGCAAAUGUAUGAACAGUAUUGAAAUUGAGGACAGACAUUUCAAGUACAUAACAUACAUAAUAAUUAAACAAAUACAUACAAAAAUUUACAUAAAUUAAAAUAGAAAAUAGAAAAAUUGAGUUGCUGGUUACAAUAAAUUGUUUAUUAUAUUUCUGUUUUGUGAACUUUAUGUACAUAUAUGACUUUAAUAGUAUAAGGGUCUUUAGAUAUAAUAUGCCUACAAAUCGCCACCUAUAAUACCAGCAUGAUUGUUAGUAAAUUAGGGUAGCCGUGAAACGCAGGAGUAGCUUUAAGAAAUGUGAAGAUCCUUUAACAUUACCUGCUUAUACAAGAUUAUCAAUAUAAAUACCAUUCAUUGAAAAUGUACAUGUCAGUGAUAGUAUGGUAUAUACUUUUAUGUUGCUAGCUGAGGCAAGUUAUGGGCACAAUUUAUCAAAUGUCAUGUACACCUAAAGUAUGGGUGUAUCCCACAUCAACUAAUCCGAUUCAACAGAUUAUUCCUAAUCACCAGAGCCAAUAGCAUCUAAGAUCUGAUUGGUCAUUGAGGGCUGCUGCUCCCCAGUUCAUGAACAAGGACCUGUUCUCUCUAUAUGCAUCAGUAGUUGGUUUUAUCAUGCUAUGGAGAACUAAACUUUAUUUAACCAUUAAACCUUUACAGAAUAGUAUACACCAUCUAAUAAAUGCAGCUUUCUUUUUCAGUUUCUCAAUUUUUAUGCUAUGGAAUUGUAGGUUCCAUUGUGCUUAUAACUUGCACAUCCCAUCAGUUGCUCCUCAUUAGUGUUGAGCGGCAUA